AUGCCCUAUCAAUGCUUCCAAGAAGCGCGCAAAGUCCUCGCUGCAGACCGCGAAGAAAAGCUUGUCCAGAUAGCUGAGCAGAGAAGGCGGAUUGCAAAAUGGCAAGCAGCCCCCGCUCAAACCCAGAGGGAGGAGGGAAGUAAGAAAGGACGAUUAGUUGCUAUGCAGAAGCAUUUAGAGGAUCUGAAAAUUCUUGCGGAUAUUAAUGAUCCGGUCAUUAGGAAGAGAUUUGAGGAUGGGAUGGGUAGGUUGCCUCCUUCAUUUGAUCUUGACCCAUUCUAUCUUCAGAGGCUUACCUUUGUACGGUCAGGCGACAUGGACCGACCCAUCUACCGCUACCUUGCAGACCGCAAAUGGCGCUCCUACGACCGAAAGCUUCUCAUGCAAAGAAUCGAGCAACACCACCUCGUCCCUGACAUCCUCCCCCACCUCAACCCUACUGCCUCCGUCUCGAUCGGCUUCGGACGCCGAAACGUCCAGCCCGGCCAAUUCGUCGGCUCUGUUAUCAGCAAACUCCCCCUCCAUUUAAAUAUUCAGGUUUUCGACAAAGGACUCCGCCUUGUCACAAUUGCGGUCGUCGACCCGGAUGUGCCAGACGUCGCGAACGAUUCAUUCACCUCGCGCUGUCAUUAUCUGGCUGUCAAUAUUCCUCUCUCGCCUACGAACCGUUCAGUGCCCCUACGCAGCCUGAAUGAGGAGAAGCAUAUUGUACAGUCUUGGCUCCCACCAUUUGCACAGAAGGGCGCACCAUACCAUCGUCUGGCUGUCAUAGUGCUCCAACAGAACGGGGAGAGUGCGAUGGAUGUCAAGGAUCUGAGGAAGUGGCAGACGAAGAGAGAGGGUUGGAGAUUGAAGCAAUUGUUGACUCAUCAUAAGGAACUGUUACCGGUAGGGGCUGGGCUGUUCAGGACGAGGUGGGAUGAGGGGACGGAUGGGGUUAUGGAGAGGGCUGGGCUGGCGGGUGUGAACAUGGAGUUUUUGAGGAAAAAGGGAGAGAAGAACGUAUACAAGAAGAAGGAUGGUGCAAGAUAUAGGUAG